AAUAUCCGCCCUAAUUAUCGAUUAUACUAAUAUGAUAUUUAUCUCCGUGAAAAGGUAUGUGAUGAUAAGCAUCUAUCACCAUUCACCACACGAUGGACUGCGAUGGGGACAACAUUGACUACGACUUCGGUCGUGCCACGUGGUAGUGGUCACUUCACUUCGUCUCAUUAUCGUCCAUCGUCUUCUUGGACAGUGAUAGACACCUGAAAGCUCUGAUUUCAUAUGAUCAAAAUAAGGACCAUAGUUCAUUUUCCCUAAACUCUGAAGUCUUCUUCCGGCGGCAAAGACCGGGAAGAGUUUCCUCCUAGAGCUCAGAGGUUAGAGACCAGGUUCUGUUCUCUCCUGUAGUGACCCCAGGAGAGGGAGAGAUCUUCCCCACUGCAACAAGAGAGACAAGGCCUUCCCUACUGUAACAUAAGAUAAAAUCUAGAGAGAGAGAGAGAGAGAGAGAGAGAGAGAGAGAGAGGCAUGGUGAAAUCAUACACCCAGGAGCACAUCUACAAGCACCCAUGGGAGCGCGUCACCUCCGCCUGCUGGCGGAAAUUCACCGACCCAGAAAACACUCCUUAUCUCUCUCACAUCCUCGAGGUCGACACUCUCAAUCGCUCUCUGGAUCACGAAACCGGCAGACUGCACACCACCCGCGCCAUCACUGUCCACGCCCCGGGACCACGGUGGAUCCAACGGCUCAUAGGACAGGAAAUUUGCAGGUGCGUCGAAACCUCCACUGUAGACCCCAAAUCUAAAUUCAUGGAGUCCACUGCAAAAAACGUGAGUCUUAGGAGAUUCAUAGAGGUAGAAGAGAAGUGCAUGUAUAGGCCUCACCCUGAAAACCCUAAUUGGACAUUGUUUGAGCAAAAAACCAGUAUCAAGUGUUCUCCUCUCUCUACUUUGGCUUCAAUGGCUGAGAGGAUUGAGCAUCGAUGUGCAGAGAGGUUUUUGCAGAAUAGUGUGAAGGGGAGAGAGGUUAUGGAGAGGAUCUGCAAGUAUUUGGAAGCUGAUUCGACAAGUAUUGGGAUUUGAUCAUGGUUUUUUCGAGGUCUUCGAAUAUAUAUUUUCCUUUGUUUUGAGGUUUUGGGAGAUGCAUAGCUUUUAUUUAGGGUUUUUUGUUUUUUGUUUUUAUUGUUGCCCUUUCUCUUUUUUCUUUUUUUUCUUUUUUUUAAGGUUUUGGGAUUUUUAGAUCGGUUGGUGAUGAAUUUCUCUGAGUUGAUAUCUGUGAGAAGAAGAAUUCAUAUGAGUUGAGAAUGAGAAUGAUAGGGUAUUAGGGCUCUGGGGAAUAAGGAUGCUCGGGUUUUCAAAGGAGGUUAUUAAUUGAUUUUUUAUCAGAGAGAUUUUAGGGUUUGGUGAUGGUGGGAUACUGUAAUUUUAGGGUUCGGAAUCUUUGAUAUCCAAGAUUAGGGUUCCUUAUUUCUGUAAUUGUUGAUGAAUGUAGGGUUAUUGGAGAGUGGAGACAGUUUUGUAAGCUAACUGUUUGAUGAAGAAAAAAGUAGUUUUACCCAGCUAUUAAUAGUUCCAUGGGUUGUCUUUUGUAUGGAAAAACAGUGAAUUAUUGAUCUGAAGGUGUUGGUAUCGA